AUGGAUCGGAAGAAGAUGAAGGUCCGUACAGAUUACAUAUUCCGAGGAUUUAUCAAAGAUUUUGGUGACAAACCAGAAGGAAUACACGUGGACUGGUUCGAUUUCACAUCUGUAAAGAAUCUGUACUUUCUCUCUCACGCUCAUUCCGAUCAUUUUACCUUCGAACAUUCUUCUAAUUACAUUGGGUUAUUAACCAAAAAAUUUAUCGAGCAACUUAAGAAAAAAUCUCACAUCAAGAUUUAUUGUACCACUACUACUUGGGAAAUCAUCAUAAGACUUCCUAAAGCUAAGGCUGUGGUGGAGGAACUUGACAAGCUUAAAGAAAAGAACUUUGUCCUUGUGGAGCCAGAUAUUGAAAAUCCAAUAACGAUAGAGCUACUUAACAAGAAAGGAACCAAAACUGGACAAACGAUUGAUGUGACCGUAAUCCCUGCUAACCACAUCCCCGGAGCUGUAAUGUUUCUGUUUGAAGAUCUUAAAAAUAAGAAAAGAGCGCUCUAUACUGGGGACUUCAGAUACGAUGUCAGGGAAAAUAACAUUGAGAUGAGAGAUUUGGAAAAAUUUGUUAAAAAUCUUAAAGCUAAUGCUCGGAUUAUCGACUACCUGUAUGUUGAUAUCACAUACUUAGACAUAGGUAGGUUAUAUCAUCCGGAUCAGAACAAACUACCAACCAGACAGGAGAGCAAAGAUGCAGUUUUUGAUCUUAUCAGGCGUCAGAAUCCAAAAAGUGUACACAUAGACGCAGAGUUACUAGGAGCAGAAGAUAUGGUAAAAGCUGUCGCGGAAUCCUUCAAUAACACAGCUGAUGAUAUUAUAUCUAGACUAGAUAAAGACUGUUCAAGAAGGCAACUGUAUGAGUACACUCUGCAAGGCAUAAACAUUCCCUGUGUGGGAACUACUAUUGAAACUGACGUUCACAUUUAUGAUAAUGCAAUUUUUGACGAUGAAUCCCCAGCUUGCGGAAAAAUGAACGAAAAAUUUCAGGUGACCGUCAAUAACUUCAACAACUGUGAAGAGAUCAGGUUCCAGAUUCCAUAUUACACCGGAUCAAAUGAUCCCGUAGAAGCCGAAAAUCGCAUCAUUAUCGAGACCUUAAAGAACUUACAAAGAAACCGUGACAAAUUUUUGUUAGCUAAAGACUGGCCUAUGCCUUAUGAGUUCAGUGAACGGAAGAGGGAGUAUGAACAGGAUCAUCAGAAAGAGCCAGCAAGUCAAGAAGUAGGGAUGGUGGAUACUGAGGAGAUAGGCGAGAUGGGCGAGACAGAGCCCAUGUUUCAAGGCCUGAUCGAAGGUUUUAAAGAAAAGGAGGAUGCUCCUGGUGGAAUGGCAGUUGAUUGGUUUGAAGGCAAAAUGAAGAAUCUAUAUUUCAUUUCCCAUGCCCAUGCGGACCAUAUCAAAGGAUUAUUUAGUCAUGAAAAUGAGUUUUACAAACAACUAAAGUUGAGACCCUAUGCCAGGAUUUACUGCACCAAGGUCACUAAGGAAAUUAUCUCAAGACUUCCAAUUGCGAAAGACAACCCCGAUGUGAUGAACGAACUUGAGAAACACUUGUCUAUCUUGGAACCCAAUAAAACGAAAAAAAUAUACUUUUAUUUGCUUGAGAAACUAACCCAAAAGUGGAUACAAGUCCGAACAGUCACAGCCAACCAUAUUCCUGGAGCUGUAAUGUUCCUGUUCGAGGAUGGUAAGAAACGAACUCUUUAUACUGGGGACUUCAGAUACGAUACCAGGGAAAAGAAUAAUGAAAUGCAAGCUUUGAAAGAAUUUGUUGAGAAUUAUGAUGAGGUUAUCGAUUAUUUGUAUGUUGACAUCACAUGCUUAGAUCUAGGGAGAUUGUAUCACCCCGAUCAAAAUGUGCUGCCGAGCCGGCUGGAAAUUACAGACACAAUCUGUCGACUUAUUAAAGACAAGAAGCCACGCGAUGUUCACAUCGAUGCAACGCCGCUCGGCGCUGAAGGCAUGAUAAAAGAAGUAGCGAAGAUCUUGAAUAGUCCGAGAGACUCAAUUAUAGAUAAACCAGCAAUUAAUGACAGUAAAAGGAAGGAGCUCUACAGAUAUAUGCUAAAUGAUCUUUCGAACACGUAUUCAGACACCAGUGAAAUUGGUCUUCAUAUUUUUGAUAAAAGAACCCCCAAAUAUAAAUGCGUUUUGUGUGACGAACAUACACUAAGAAUUCGAGCUACAUUAAAGUGGAUUGUUAAACAACCCACAGGAAAGUAUUCCCACAGCGAUCGCACGACUUGGAUUAACGAGCGUGAUCACAAAAACGGAGAUUAUUGGCAGGUUGUGAAUUCACACCACUCCUCUGAUCAUGAGCUGAGAGAAUUCAUUUCUCACCUUCAAUUCAAGAAAGUGUUUCCGAUAAGCGAGCCCUUGUCUCGCCAAUAUUUUAAAGGAAUCUAUUACAAAGAUGUGACUGGCCCAGAAACCAACUCAGAAAAGAAACAUCGCCAAAAACCGGUCCCCAAACAUUACAAAAAACCGGUCCCCAAACAUCGCCAUAUCGAGAAAUCUCUUUAUUUUUCUCUCGAAUCCGCAUCAAUGAAAUACAAUUACGUACCAGUAAACGUUCUCUGGCUAACAGAAAACAGUGAUCCAGAUUAUGGAAUAUAUAUGCCGGAUGAUAAAUUUCACGUAACCAAGAGGUACUUCAGGGACUAUGAUGACAUCUUAUCAGAAGUGAAGAAAUACAGCCAACCAAUCGACUUCCUGAUCAUUCCAUGUACAAUGGAGUUACAAAAGUCACUUGCACUUACAAAACUGUAUUACGAUCUCUCUCGAUUCAUAGACAACUUGAAAGAGGCAAUAGUGACUAAAAACAAGAAAUUCGAUGAAGCAAUAAGUACGGUGCUAUUUUACUCCAACAUAAACGACAUGAAUGAUAAAUGGAAUUGGAAACAAAUCAUCAACAGUAGUUGCUUGUACAGGGACAAACUAAUUCCCAGAGUAUUCUAUGUAGACCUAACUAAUGUACCAGAGUACACAGAAUCAAACAGUCGGUUGGUUCUUGAAACUCUCAUCAUUUUUAAGACGUUAAAGAACUUAAUCAGGAAUGAAGACAAGCAAGUGUUUGUUAGUGACUGGCCGAUGCCUUAUGAGUUCAGUGAACGGAAGAGGGAAUAUGAUCAAGAAAAUCAGGAUAGAGCCAGAGAGCCAGCAAGUCAAGAAGUAGAGAUGGUGGAUACUGAGGAGGUGAACAACAACAUAGGUGAAGCUGAGGAGACUGCUAAUGAGACGUUGACGACGGCCUUGGAUCUUUCAGAGACAGAAACCACGCAGAAUCCUUCCUUACAUUCCUUAACUCCCUUACUGAAGACCUCAACUUUACCCAAGAACAUCCCUCUACAGACGGAACUAUACCCUUCCUUGACGUUCUCAUCCACCCUGACAAAUCCACAUCAGUCUACAGAAAACCCACCCACACCAACCUCUACACCAAGUACUCCUCCUGCACCACCAACUCAUCUAAGAACGCAGUCAUCCGAUCACUGA